AGUGACUUCUGAGUUUUCAGAUCUUGUUACCACAGCAAUUGAAGAGAAAGAGCUGUUCCAGUGUGUGAUCACUUGCCAUACAGAACUUCAGUGUUGAUAAAACAGCUUUGCAGUGGAAAAUAUAAUCCAUAAAUGGAAGGAGUCCCUAUUUCCAGGCCCCUGGAGGAAUUGCAACACCCCUUGUUUAUGGCCAACUUCUAGCUUUAUACCUGUUGCAUAAUGACAUGAAUAAUGCACGAUAUCUUUGGAAAAGAAUCCCUCCUGCUAUCAAAUCUGCAAAUGCUGAACUUGGUGCAGUUUGGUCAGUAGGACAAAGAAUCUGGCAGAGAGACUUUCCAGGAAUCUAUACAACAAUCAGUGCACAUCAGUGGUCUGAGACUAUUCAACCAAUCAUGGAAGCACUUAGAGAUGCAACUAGGAGACGAGCCUUUGGACUGGUUUCUCAGGCAUAUACCUCAAUAGUUGCCGAUGAUUUUGCAGCCUUUGUUGGGCUUCCUGUAGAAGAAGCUGUGAAAGGUGUAUUAGAACAGGGCUGGCAAGCAGAUUUUUCAACUCGUAUGGUAAUGCCUAAAAAGCCAGGUGUGCUGGAAGCUUCCUUUAACAGAUUUAUUCCUUCAUCAGAACCUGCUCCGGUUCCACCAAUUCCAAAUGAACAGCAGUUGGCCAGAUUAACUGACUAUGUGGCCUUCCUUGAAAAUUGAUUACCCUGCUCCUGUAUUCAGAACAACUUAGGAAUCCUAUGUGCUGACAGUUCUAGAAAUUUAAGAUGUAUUUUAUUUUGUAUCUGUUAAACAUUGCAGCAUCCCCUACUCAAAUGUGUGAAUUAUACAGUGUGUGUUAUCCCAAUUCAUGUUUGCCAAAGCCGAGCUAGCAAUUGAAACAAUCCUUUAACUCCUGUAAUAUUUAUUCAGUAGGUACACAGCAGUAUUACACAGUAAGUUUUUUCAUUGACUCACAGCAGAGGGGCAGAACUUCUUUCAAGUAUGUUAGAAACGGGGAAGAAAGUGAUGAAGCAGGUUAGCUGUGUUGAGGGAUUUAUGCUAGUAGGUUAUGUGCUUCUAUGAGGAGUACUGCAGUGCUACUCUCAGAUAAAUUGGAUGUUGGACUAAAGUACAGAGUGGAAGACUACCCUACCUGUAUCUGCAGGAAAAUAUUUUGAUGAAACAGUAACUUAAAAAAGAAAAUUCUUCUGGAAGUAUUUGUGGCAUAUUUAUACCUGAUCUUUUUUCUUGUUGGUCUUUCUGGAUUGUUAUAUCUUGUUCUGAUGUGAGAAUUUUCACAUUGGGCAUAUUUCUACAACAGACUAAUUGGAGUAUUUAAGAAAGGCAAAUCUUCACUUUGAGGAAGAAUUUUUACUUUUGGAAGGCUUUGAGUGAUGUAGCCCACCAGAUAUUUUGCUGGGUAACCAUACACCUUCUUGAGGCCUGUCAUGUCUUGGUUCUUUUCAGUACACUGGGCCAGGAUCGACAAACAACAACUCUUAACUUUCUUUAAGCUUUCUGGAUUACCUCUGCAGUUACUGGAGAGGAAUUUAAAAAUUAGAGUAUGUGUCCCUGAGUAGAGACCAGUUGGGAUGGGGAUGAUAUGUAAUGCUGCAAUGUCAGUUUGAGGAGUAUGUUUUCUGUAUCAGCACUGCUGUGUUAAUCUUUGAGAGUGCAAGCAUGAAAGAUUACUUGUGUUCCCAGGCUUCUUAUUUGUAUUAUGCUGGUAAAAAAAGUUAUGGGAAAAUAGUGGUGCUUUAAAGGGCAGUGCAUGACUUCAUUUGCUUCUCUCCCCUUUUCAACAUCCUAUUCAGUGGUUUCAUCAAAGAUGGCAAGUGUGCUGUAUGUUGUGAUUGUUUUUUCCAGUGUGCACUACCUACUGUACAUUCUCUUGUUAGGGAUGUGUUAGCAGGGAGGAAUUAUAAACUGUGCACUGCUGCUUUGAGAGCUCCCUUUAUAUGCAAACACUUACUCCAAAUGAUUAUUUAUUUGAAACCCACCUAAGACUUGGAUUUCUGAAUUUAUCUUCAGUGAUAUUAAAGAACAUGUUUACACUGA